AUGACUCAAACUUUAUAUUUCAGCGUUCUUCUCAUCGCUCUCUGUUCAUUAUCUGAAUGCAUUGAGCGUCGCUAUCACCACAUAAACAUGAUGAAGACCUGGACUGAAGCUCAGAGAUACUGCAGAGAGAAAUACACAGAUCUGGCCACAGUCAACAACAUGAACGACAUGAAACAACUGAUGAAGAUUGUGGAUAACAGCCUGACUGACUAUAUCUGGAUUGGACUGAAGAGAUCAAGUGUUUAUAAAUGGAAGUGGUCUCUGGGUGAUCCUGUGAAAUAUACAAACUGGUCUAAUGGAGACUCAAAUGGUCCAGGUCAGUGUGUUUAUAUGAGAGAUGGAUCAUGGCAUCAUCAGAGCUGUAAUUUGAACAUGAGAUUCAUCUGCUACAAUGAGAUCAAUAAAGGAUUCAUCAUUGAUGAUCCUUCAGGAUCAUGGAGAGACACUCAGAUCCACUGCAGACAGCAUUAUACUGAUCUGACCAGUGUGAGGAAUCAGACUGAGAAUCAACAGAUUCAGAAGAUCAUGAAUGACAAAAACAUAUCUGAAGCCUGGAUUGGUCUGUUCAGUGACUCACUGGAGUGGUCAGAUGAGAGUGAAUCUGGAUUUAGAAACUGGUGGCUUGGUGAACCUAAUAAUGCUGGUGGUUCUCAAGAUUGUACAGCAGCCAGAAGGACAGAGAAUGGUAAAUGGCAUGAUUUGCCUUGCGAUGGCUCUCAGACCUUUGUGUGUCAUGAAGAUAAUCUGAUAUUGAUCCAGAUGAAUCUGAGCUGGUCUGAAGCUCUGAGAUACUGCAGAGAGAAUCAUGUGGAUCUGGUUUCAGUGGAUUCAGAGAAGAUUCAGCGCUGGGUGACAGACGUGAUUGAUGAGUCCUCUACUGAUGCCGUGUGGAUGGGGUUACACUAUUACUGCCAAAUGAACCUCUGGAUCUGGAUACGAGGAGAGGACAUGUGCUAUCAGAAUUGGGCUCCAGGGAACGAAACAAAACUGAUGGACUGCAACACUGAACACAGAGCUGGAGCAGUUCAGUCUGGAGGAGAUCAUCGCUGGAUUAGCCUUCCUCGAUCUCACAAACUCAACUUCAUCUGCAGCAGAAAAGAUAAAUAA